UUCCCACAAAACUUCAAAACAGAUUCAAGAACCAUUUCCCCCUUUUUUUUUCUCUUUCUUGAAACCGGAAAAUUGAUUAUCGUAACAUGAUUAAGAUACUGGAAUCAAUCUACCUGUUCUUAUUUAUUUAUCUCUCAUUCACUACUUUCUUCGCACAAUCGGCUCCUCUAAAUGCCAUAGUUCUUCUAGUUCCUGGGUUUACUGGCAUUCUACCCUCCAAACACUACGCUGGGUAUGUGACAUUAGAUGUAAUCCGUGGCAAAAAAUUGUAUUAUUAUUAUGUGCUUUCAGAAAGAAACCCUUCUAAAGAUCCAGUAGUUCUUUGGCUCAAUGGUGGCCCUGGUUGCUCCAGUUUUGAUGGGUUUGUUUAUGAACAUGGUCCUUUUAAUUUUGAGAAAGAUAAAACUGGAGGCUUGCCAAAGCUUCAUCUCAAUCCAUAUGCAUGGAACAAGGUUUCAAAUAUGAUAUUUUUGGACUCUCCUGUUGGAGUUGGUAUGUCUUACUCCCGAGAUAAAUCUGACUACCACACCACGGAUACAAAAACGGCUUUAGAUUCCCACAAAUUUCUACUUGAGUGGUUCAAGUUAUAUCCUGAAUACCUUUCAAAUCCUUUUUAUAUUUCCGGUGAGUCAUUUGCUGGAAUUUACAUCCCUACAUUGUCCUAUCAAGUGAUCAGAGGACUUGAAACCGGUGAUAAACCCACUAUCAACUUCAAGGGAUACAUUAUUGGAAAUGGAGUUUGUGAUCAAGUGUUUGAUGGCAAUGCUAUUGUUCCGUUUGUUCAUGGGAUGGGCCUCAUAUCGGAUGAACUCUAUGAGGAAGUUAACAAGACGUGUAAAGGGGAAUUUUACAAUCUACGAAACAAAGAGUGUGAAAGCAAGAUUAGAAAAGUUGACGAUGUUCUUGAUGGUUUAAACAUGUAUAACAUUCUCGAACCGUGUUAUCACGCUAAUGAUUCAAAUAAGAUGAAUGAAAAUACAAAAUUACCCUUGAGCUUUAGGAAAUUGGGGGAGACCGAAAGGCCCCUUCCUGUGCGAACCAGAAUAUUUGGGCGUGCUUGGCCUUUUAAAGCUCCGGUGAAGCCCGGUUACGUGCCUAGUUGGCCAGAGAUUCUCGAAAGCUCACAAACCGUUCCAUGUAUUGACGACUCAGUGGCAAGUAGAUGGCUAAAUGAUGAAGCUGUUCGGGUAGCAAUUCACGCUGACCCGAUUCUAUUGGCUGGAAAGUGGAUGAUAUGUACCGAUAGGAUUAAAUAUCAUUCAAACACCGGAAGCAUGAUCCAGUACCACAAAAUCCUCACUUCACGUGGUUAUCGCGCUCUUAUUUUCAGUGGGGAUCAUGAUAUGUGUGUUCCUUUCACCGGAAGUGAAGCUUGGACACGAUCACUAGGCUACAAGCUUAUCGAUGAUGAGUGGAGGCAAUGGGAGGUCGAUGAGCAAGUUGUGGGAUACUUACAAGCAUACGAUAAGAACCUCACAUUUCUCACAGUCAAGGGAGCAGGGCAUACUGUACCUGAGUACAAACCCAAAGAAGCAUUGGCUUUUUUCUCCCGCUGGUUAGAUGGAAAGGAAAUAUAGGAAAAUCCCAUUUAUCAUUUUAUCAAUUGUUUCUAAAAUAGUACGUUGUUAAUUAGAAAAUAAACCGGUGUCUAGAAAAAAUAACGCAAAAAAAUGUCAUGUACAAUGAAAAUCGAAAAAGGAAAAUAUAUCUUCAUUGAUGAAGGCCGAUUAUGG